GAACUGCGACAAGCUCAGUGAACUUCUGCUUUCUUCCACAUCUGGAAACACAUCAGUUCAAGCUGGAGGUGACUGUCACAGAGGCGUUGAUGGCUCGCGUGGACAGCACAGCUGUCCUCGUGAGCCUCGGCAGCGACAUCACCAUGGAGAUGGAACAUUUCGAUGAGCGGGACAAAGGUCAGAGGCACGGCCGCUCCAACGCCAAAGUGAACGGGGUGCCAAGUCCCACGCACAGCGCCCACUGCAGUCUUUAUCGGAUCCGGACCCUGAAGACCCUGACCGCGGAGAAGAGGGCCAAGAAGGUCCGGUUCUACCGCAACGGGGACCGGUACUUCAACGGGAUCGUGUACGCUGUCUCCGCGGACAGGUUCCGGACCUUCGACGCCCUGCUGGCGGACCUGACCCGCUCACUGUCCGACAACGUCAACUUGCCCCAGGGGGUCCGAACCAUCUACACCCUGGAUGGUUCCAAGAAGAUCACCAGCAUUGAUCAGCUGGUGGAAGGCGAAAGCUACAUCUGCAGCUCAAUCGAAGCAUUCAAAAAGCUGGAUUACACAAAAAACGCGAACCCCAACUGGUCGGUGAAUGUCAAGGCCUCAUCCCGAAGCCCUCUGACCCUGAACAGCACCAAGCCCGGUGCCCUGGAGGGACGCGAAAUCAAGAACUUCAUCCGUCCAAAGCUCGUGACAGUGGUGCGGAGUGGAGUGAAGCCUCGUAAAGCUGUGAGGAUCCUGCUGAACAAGAAAACAGCCCACUCCUACGAACAGGUCCUUACCGACAUCACCGAUGCCAUCAAGCUGGACUCUGGGGUGGUGAAGAAGAUUUACACGCUUGAAGGCAAACUGGUGACAUGUUUGCAGGACUUCUUUGGUGAUGAGGACAUUUUUGUAGCCUGUGGACCGGAGAAGUUCCGCUACCAUGACGACCUGAUGCUGGAUGAAAGUGAAUGCCGUAUGAUGAAGUCCGUGACCUAUGGCAAGAUGGGCUCUGUCAAUCGAUGCUCCCCAAAGAACGUCAUUCAGUCACUUCGCAGCAAGUCUCCAGCAUCUGUCAGACCAUCCUGCCAUUUCGCUCCUGAGACCAAGAACCCACCAAAGAGUCGAGUGAAUGGGAUGCCAGCCAGUCAGCUGUCCACUCCUCAUUCGGGAAAAUCUCCUAGCCCCUCCCCGACCAGCCCAAGCAGUCUCAGCCAACGCCGGGGAUCACAGGGCUCUUCCACCUCUUUGUCUUCCUCUCAAGUUGCCAGCCCCGUGGAAGAAGGUGAUGAUGGAGUCAUUCCUGAAGCUGAGAAUCUCGUGGAUGAGGUUCCAGUCGUGCCAGCCUGCAUAUCAGACUGCUACAAAGUGGGGAGGAUGCUGGGCGAUGGGAACUUUGCUGUCGUCCGGGAAUGCGUGGAGCUCUCCACAGGACGAGAGUACGCUCUGAAGAUCAUCAACAAAGGCAAAUGCAGAGGCAAAGAGCACAUGAUCCAGAACGAAGUGGCCAUCCUCCGGAGAGUCAAACAUCCAAAUAUCGUUUUACUUAUUGAGGAGUUGGACACUUACAAUGAACUGUACCUGGUCAUGGAAUUGGUCAAGGGCGGAGAUCUGUUCGACGCCAUCACCUCGGCCAACAGAUACACGGAGCGAGACGCCAGUGGCAUGCUCUACAAUCUGGCCAACGCCAUUAAAUACCUCCACAGCCUCAACAUUGUCCACAGAGACAUCAAACCUGAAAACCUACUGGUGUAUGAACAUGCAGACGGUUCCAAAAGCCUCAAGCUGGGAGACUUUGGUUUGGCAACUGUUGUGGACGGACCCCUCUACACUGUCUGUGGGACCCCAACAUAUGUAGCACCUGAAAUCAUUGCAGAAACAGGGUAUGGCCUUAAAGUUGACAUCUGGGCAGCUGGAGUCAUCACCUACAUCCUACUGUGUGGUUUCCCGCCUUUUCGAGGGAGCAGCGAUGACCAAGAAGCACUUUUCGAUCAGAUUCUCAUGGGACAGCUAGAAUUUCCUCUUCCCUACUGGGACAACGUGUCAGAGGCAGCCAAGGAUCUGAUCCGAUCCAUGCUGGAGGUGGAGGUGGAUCAGCGAUGCACCGCCCUCCAGGUGUUGGAGCACCCUUGGGUCACUAAUGAAGGUCUAUGUGAGAACGAGCACCAGCUGUUAGUAGCAGGAAAGAUAAAGAAGCACUUUAACACCGGUCCAAAAGUUAAUGACACCACUGCCGGAGUGUCUGUCAUUUCUCUGGAUGACAGCUUUUCUAUGCAGAGAUCUGGGUCGUUGGAUUUCUACCAGCACCCGGCCAUGUACUGGAUAAGGCCACCCCUCUUGAUAAGGAGAGGCAGGUUCUCAGACGAGGACGCCACCCGGAUGUAAAGCUGCCGCCUUUGCAGACGAUCCAGACUGUGAAUCCAGAACCGACGACGAACGCGCACCAGGCGGAGCCUCUCAGCUGCCUCCCUGGCCUGCCAAUGGCCCCCACUUCUGUGACCCCUGACCCUUGUUCCGACCCCUCCCUAAACCCAAAUACCACAUCUGACUCUGAUGAUAUCUCCAUCAGCUCAGCCAGCAGCACUGUCUUGUCUCCCAACUUGCCCAUUUAGAGAGUAGGCCAGGAAAGAG